GUGAUCGGAUCGUUAGAUCGUGUUUAACCAGCAUGUCCACUGCGGAGAAGGUACACUAUUCGGUGGAGAAGCGUCCGGAGAGCUACGACAAGUAUGAGUUCACUCUACCGGAGCUGUAUCGGAAGCUGGCGAAAGAGGAGCUCCGUGAGGACGAUGAAAUUCGUGAGCAAUCGUUGGUGCAGAUGAGGGAAUGGAUCGCCAAGCAUCCGUACAUCCGCAAGUGUCGCACGGAUUCGUCGUUUCUGUUGCGUUUCCUGCGCUUCCGCAAGUACUCGGUACCGAUGGCGUGUGAAGCCCUGGAACGCUACCUGGCAAUGAGGGAAACGUUCCCGACGUGGUUCAAAAAUCUGGACUGUAACGAGUCGGCAAUGCAGGAAAUGCUGGCGGACAGUUUGUUUACGAAGCUAGGGCAGGAUGCGGAAGGCCGUACCGUGAUUCUGUGCACCGUCAAGAACCUGAACGUGGACAAGUUUGAUGCACAGGCACAGGGCCGGUUUGUUGCGCUGUUGAUCGAGUCGCUGCUCGAGUGGGAAGAGGUGCAGAUUGGAGGAUUCCGGGUGAUGCUGAACUUCAGUGACACCUACAUGAAGCAAUACGGUGUUUGGGGUGUUUCGGAUAUGAAAAUCUUCAUGGAUGCGAUCAACCGCUCGUACCCGAUACGCUUCCGCGAGAUUCACGGCGCCAAACUGCCCAAGUUUGCGGUCACCGUGAUCAAUCUGCUGCUCACGUUCGCCAGCCCGAAGUUGAAGGAGCGAAUCAUCUGUCACAACACGGUGCUGGAGAUGAAGAGCAAAUUCGACCUUUCGCUGAUACCGCAGGAGCUGGGUGGGGAGCUGGACGCGGCCGAUGCUGCUCGCAAGUUUGUCAAGCAUCUCGAGACCAGGCGGAGCGCUAUACUGGGGCUCGAUGAAAUGGACAUCGAUACGGCGCACUUUUCGUCGCUCUGGAGCCAAUCGAAUGUCGUCGAGAAUGAGGUGGAUGGUGGUGUUGCAGGCAGCUUCCGUAAACUUAAUGUGGAUUAACUGUUCGUUCUUACUUUACUCCUUAAUCUAAGGCUCAUAAAUUGAGGGUGAUGAUAUUAUAACCAUUCUGCAUUCUCGUAAUCGUA